UAAAGACCCAGCAGGCCCAAGUGGCAUGCAGACCUGCAAGCUACAAAUAAACGACCAAGAUGACAGACUGCACGAGGACAGGGCUCGAGGUUAGCUCGCCGGUCGCCACCAACAAGAUGGAUCUUCAAAGUGGGGUCGGUUUUUCCCAGUCCUUCUUGUCCGCAUAUCUCUCAAUCGAAGGCCAUAGCACCAUUCACCCCACCUCGGGCACCAUGCUUGUCCUCUCAGGCUCCAGGCACAGUCUCGGUACUACUGUACGAGUGCCUGGGAGACCAAGACGCCUCGAACCCAAUCCAAAGGGACCACAGUAUGAAAUAUGUCCGGCAUCGGGUGAUCGCUAGCACUAUCCUCACAUCCGUAAAAAAAGGCAACUUGGCUAACACGGAUCAAGGGUUCGCUCGAAACAACUCUAGUGGAAUCGCAUAGUGGCACAAUUUUUCUUGUGUCGACGAUAUGCAGUUGUAACACCGGACCUAGGUCGAGUCUCUAGUCCUUAGGUCUGAACGGAAAGACUGUUCCUGAAAAUCCCCUGCCUUCCUAUGUUGUUAUCGACAGGGACAUAUGCAUGCUCUUGUUCAAGACGUUCCCUCCGAACCACGAUUGACGCCCUUCUGAGCAUUAGCUUCAUUCCUUGCCCUUGGACCCCGGACAGCCGAAGGCUUGGAAAAUCGAUCGGUGUUCCAGUCUUCCAAGUUCAACUUCUAGCCUCAACAUUUGCAUACCUGACAGAAAACCCAUAUCACCAGCGCUUCCUCUGAUAAUGCUGUCUCGUCUCCUUGAGCGAGCUGCAAGCACCGCUGUGAUUUCACAUCUCGAAUUCGCAUACUCGUCCUGAUUGCUGACCUGCCGACGUCGGUGAGAGUGGUCCACCGUCGCAAACAUGUCUUCCUCUCAGAACUAUGUCACCGAGGCCAUGCUUCUCAGGACGUCCUACGCCAUGAUCGCCACCACCUCCUUCGUCUUCCUCCUCAGAGCAGCAGCAAGGAUCUGGCAGCCUAAGCGUCUCGGGGCUGAAGAUUAUAUCCUUUUGCUGGCAUAUCUUUUCUUCCUCACAACCGCCAUACUGUACGUGGUGGUGACGCCGGCGAUGUAUCGGGUCACCAAUGCAACCACGGGUAUAAUCCCCAUGUAUGCCACCAUCUUGGAAGAUAGCAUGCUGCUCAUCAGAAUCUUUUUCGCCAACACAAUGAUCUUCUGGUUCACUCUAUGGACCGUCAAGUUCGCUUUCCUCGCACUCUACUAUCGAUUGAUGACAGGAAUUAAGAGAUACAUGCAGCUGUGGUGGGCUGUUCUAAUUUUCUGCGUCGUGACUCUUAUUGGCUGCGUAGUCACCAAUUUGACCUCUUGCUCCAGUAUGCAUGCAUGGUUUACCCCUGGAGAGUGUACCACUCCUCGCGAUGUCCGGGCCCAAAUCGCCUCGCUGUACUAUGCCUAUGCUGUCGAUGUCAUUACUGAUCUUAUGAUCAUGUUCCUUCCUAUCGGGUUGAUCUGGAAGCUCCAGCGGCCCAAGCUUCAGAAGAUUGGCAUGGGUGUAUUGUUUGGCAUCGGUUGGAUUUGCAUUGCUAUGGCCACUGUCCGCGUCGUUCAGAUCGGUUCCAGAGCCGGCAACAACUCGACGCCAUCGUCGUCCUGGUUGGCACUCUGGGCCAUCAUCGAGUGUGCCAUUGCUGUCAUUGUCGGUUGUGGACCAGGUCUAUACUCAACGGCCAAAGAUGUCAAGACCACUCGUGCCCAGACAUAUGGAAGUGGUCGGAACGGUUACGCCGGCCGUUACACUUGGCAGAGUGAAGGGUAUCAAAGGCAAAAGAGUGCAUCCCGCAGAGAUGUGGAGAUGGUGGGCAUGUCAAGCAACAUUUCGGAGGAAGGCUAUGCGAAACGUGACCGCAAGAGCAUCGACGCCCUGGACUACCACGGCGACCCUGAAACGAGCAGCCGCGAAGGGUUGACAGUCGACGCCGGCACGAUUCAAGUCAAGCAGACGGUCGAAGUCAGCGAAGUCGACACCACAGGAGGCAAUAAAGGCCGCGGUUAUGGGUGGUGAUUGCACUUGCAAUGACUGAGGCGAGUGCUUGAUAGCCCCUUGUACAUUUCUUGCUAUCAAUGCGGAUCUCGGCCCUCCCCUCUCGUGCAGGCAUGUACAAUGAAGCUGAUGACCUGACGUGUGCGACGUACACUACUGUCAAAAACACACAAAAUUGUUUAAACGCAUUAAAUGAGGAGUUUAUAAGGAAAAAUUUGUUCUGCCGUGGCUCCUUUCUCGUCAGGAGGGAAGCUUGAUUUUGGAAUGAAUAGCUCUAGCGAGGGAGGUGUCUUGAGCUGUCAAAGCGAGUGCCACAUUAUUAAAUAGACAGUUUUCUCCGCGUCAAUUUUACAUCAUGCUACACACG